AGAUGGAGCUAAUGUGUACCUGGAAUCCUGCAGGCUACUUUGUAUCAUGCAUUAGACCAUUCUGGACGUUUGUUGGGACCUUGACGUUUCUACAACACCGCACGAGCCAUUUUUUCUUGCCAGGUACACAGGGGCAAGGAGAAGGGGCGAUAGUUUGUCUGCAGACGCACACUAGCCAUCGUUUGACGAUUGGACGACGUUCUAGGGUUAUUUCCCCCUUCGACAAUGCUGGCAAAGACUACAUACUCUUCCCCACUGGGGAUGUCAACAACCCAGACACCAACGACGUCUUAUCACACCGGGCCUUCUCACAAAGCGAUCUUUGCAGCGCAUCAAGAUGGUGUCUCAUUCACUAGUCCCACGGAGUCGGAGUUCUCGGAUGCACACGAUGGACUUGAGGCAGUCAAAUCUUGGGACGAGAAGCAAGUCAUAGCGUGGCUGCAUAGCAUCAACUGUGGUCAAUAUGAGCCUCUCUUCAAAGCAAACAACUUCAACGGAAACAAUCUUAUUGAGUGUGACCAGAAGAUCCUGCAGGAGAUGGGUAUUAAGAAAAUCGGUGAUCGCGUACGCAUUUUUGUCGCUAUCAAGCAGCUUAGAAACAAGUCGGUUGCCAAUCGCAAACAAAGAAACAUGAGUCAAUUAGCUGCGCUCGAGUCUGCAUGUACACCAGCCUCGUCUGAGUCCAGUCGUCCGUCACUCGGCCGUCAACAGACCUUGAACAAUCGCCGUUUCUCCCGUACCGCUGAUACUGUUCAUGGUUACAAAUCGCCGUCGCGGCCAGGGUCGCCCCUGCGAGCCCAACGAUAUGCUGCUAGUCCAAUGGAGAGUGCUCGUAAGGAACAAGGGCAAGGCUAUUUCGGCCACACUCCCUCUGGUAGCUCCGGUGCUAGUCGGAACCAAGCGACUUCUAGUGAGGGCCAAAGGAGUGGUUCACAUUUGAGACAAAAUCCUAGCAUUGAUGGCCUGACAAUGGGGUCGCUGCCUACAAACUCUCCCGUUAUUAGGGUAAUCUAUACCGGUGGACAGACCAAAGUGUUAAACAUCAAGCAUUGCAAGACAGCAGAUGAAAUAAUCCUCUGCGUCUUGAAGAAGCUGCAACUUCCGGAACACCAAUAUCGCAAUUACUGUUUCUACGUGUUAGAUGGCCUGGAGCCAGACCCGUCUAACUGCCGGAGGCUGGGGGAUCACGAGCUCAUGGAGAUAUGUGAAAGCAACUACAAGUCUGAACGUGGUCGCCUCAUACUGCGGAAGAUUCACGCUGGAGAACCAGAAACGGACGAACUUCGCCGUGCUUCUCAGCUUGCCAUGGACGAAAGCCAAGCGACCCACAUUAAUGCUUUGAACAGCUCAAACCCACGUACACAAUUCAAGAUUCAACAGCUCACUGGCGAAUCUUGGAACAACAUCAAACAACCGAUUUCACCUAUGUCUUCUCGGCAUCAAAACGCGAGCGAGCCCGAGUUGCAGGUGCUGAAUACGGAACGAAACCCGGUGUCUAAGUUACGAUCGUUCUUCGGUGCCCGGCCACCUAGCGAGAUGAUUAUCCACGAAAUCACAUCUUACUUUCCUAGCCACCACCGGGAGGAUAUCGAGAAGACUAUGCGUAUGUCAGUUCGGAGGUCGCAGCGUCUAAGUCGUGCGGCAAGCCGGUUGAGUGUAGUUAGCAACACAAGCUAUGCAUCUAGCUUAAGAGAUGCACCCCCUAUUCCCAGUAUUGCUGAUACUUGGCUUAAUACUGGUGCUCAGCCCACUCGCGCUUCGAGACCUCUUUCAGUUUCUAAGUUCAGUCUUCCUCAAGCAACAUAUAGGGAUUCCAUCGCAUCUAGCUCCCUUCAGCCGCUUCAAGAAGAGUCACCAAUUGAGCCAAAUCGCAAGUCAUACGUUUCUUUUGAUAGUGGUUCUGAUGAUCCCAGCACUUCUCGCCAGAGCCUGGUGGACGAGAAUGCAAGUGUUGCUGCGACGGAUGGAGGCUCACUCAAUGAGCGACUCAGUGUUCUAGUAGCGGAAGACGGCGAAGAGGAAGAUGAUGGACUAAAUGACUUCCUGGCUGGAAACAACUUCGCCCCCAAGAAUUGGAUGAAGGGCUCUUUGAUUGGGGAAGGGUCCUUUGGUAGCGUCUUCUUAGCCUUGCAUGCGAUUACUGGAGAGCUUAUGGCUGUCAAACAAGUUGAAAUUCCAUCAGCAACCAAAGGCACGGAAUUUGACAAGCGGAAGAACAGUAUGGUCACAGCACUGAAACAUGAAAUUGAACUCUUACAAGGACUUCAUCACCCCAAUAUUGUCCAGUAUCUGGGCACUGCUGCUGAUGACCAAUACUUGAACAUUUUCUUGGAAUACGUCCCCGGCGGAUCUAUUGCUACGAUGCUCAAGCAAUACAAUACUUUCCAAGAACCUUUAAUAAAGAACUUCGUGCGACAGAUUUUGGCAGGUCUCUCUUACCUACAUAGCCGCGACAUCAUACACCGGGAUAUCAAGGGUGCGAACAUUCUUGUGGAUAACAAAGGCGGCAUCAAGAUCUCGGAUUUCGGUAUAUCCAAAAGAGUUGAAGCCUCCACGGUUCUUGGUUCUCGAGUCAGCGGUACAGGAGGUGGUCAUCUACACAGACCCUCUCUGCAGGGUAGUGUAUAUUGGAUGGCACCAGAAGUUGUUCGGCAGACAGCUCACACCAAGAAAGCGGACAUUUGGAGCUUAGGCUGUCUGGUCGUGGAGAUGUUUAUUGGUGCCCACCCUUUCCCUGAUUGCAGUCAGUUGCAAGCAAUUUUCGCUAUUGGUAGCAACAAAGCGAGACCGCCUGCACCAGAGCAUGCGAGCAAGGAUGCGGUCGCCUUCCUAGACAUGACUUUCCAAGUUGACUAUGAGCAAAGGCCAAGUGCAGACGAAUUGCUGAAGUGUCAAUUCCUCGCCGCGCCACUCGCGUGAAACCGGGCUGUUUGAAUUGCAGACGAAAAACUUUGCAACUUUUUUUGAGAUUGAAUACCCCAGGCGCAAAUGCCGCUAAGCAUCUUCAGGUUCUGAGAUCUUAUGAUUAUUAUUAUUAUUAUUUAUUUAUUUAUUUAUUUUUUUUUGAAUCCUUGUGCUUUAAUAUUGAUUAUUUGGUUACUAUUGCUGGCCUUGGAUCUCGGACUUUCUGUAUCCAAUCUCCUGGGUCACAGCACUCACCCGGAUCUUAACUUCAUUGUCGACGUAUAAUGAAAUGAUGUUGUAUAGAACAUACAGUGUUUUCGAUUCAUGACCUUCAGAUAUCCUAUUCUUGUAUUCUAAUAAGCGGGGUUCUGUUCUGGUGGAUCUGAAUGGUUAAUGGGAUACGUCCACAUAGUUUUGAAACGUUGAGGAAUAUAGUCUUCAAGUGAUAUGCAAAAUAUUCG